AUGAAGCGGAUCACGGGAGCUCUGGUGGCGGCUUCCCUGGGAGCGGCGAUCGCGUCGUCUUCUCUGGAUGCGGUCCUUGAUCUGGUAAGCUUCCGCGGCGAGAGUGAUUUUGAAGGAGGAGGCUCUGGUUUUCUCUCCCGGCGACUGAAUUCUGAAGGAUUGCUUGGCGAGUCUCGCUGACGGUCGGCUGGUUUAUCUUGAUUUCGGCAGAGUGGAUCGACAAACAAGCAAGAUCGCUUUCCGUCGACCGACAGGUUCACCCCGAAAUUCGACGGGCUUCGGUUCAUCGAGACACUGGUUACUGCUCAUCGGUGA